AUGGCAAUUGAAAACUCUGUUAUUGUUCCGGCGUACCAUGAGAAGCUCAACAUUCAACCGCUAACUACCAGGCUGUUUGCGGCGCUGGGAACCACCGGCUCCAAAACCACGGAGUUGAUCUUCGUGGAUGACAACUCUAAAGAUGGCUCCGUGGAGGAAGUGGAAGCUCUGCAAAAACAAGGCUACAACGUCAAGAUCAUUGUGAGAACAGAUGAGAGAGGCCUGUCCUCUGCCGUGUUGAAAGGCUUCCGCGAUGCCCAGGGCCAGUACCUGGUGUGCAUGGACGCAGACUUGCAACAUCCCCCGGAAAGCGUGCCUCAGCUUCUCGACGUGCUUAGAAACCACGCGUUUGUCUUGGGUACGAGAUAUGCACCCGGCGUGGGCAUCGACAAGGACUGGCCUUUGUAUCGCCGCGUUAUUUCUUCCGGUGCUCGCAUGAUGGCCAGACCAUUGACCACCGCGUCCGACCCCAUGAGCGGAUUUUUCGGGCUCCAGAAGAAGUAUUUGCUAGAAACCCAUGCCCAGGAUAUCAAUGCCCAGGGCUUCAAGAUCGCUCUGGAUCUGCUCGUUAAGCUGCCCCUGCCCAAAAACGAAGCCAUUGGCGAAGUGCCCUUCUCUUUCGGUGUGAGAACAGAGGGUGAAUCCAAGCUUUCGGGUAAGGUUAUCGUGCAAUAUCUGCAACAGCUGCAGGAACUAUACGUUUACAAGUUUGGCGCCAACAACUUGGUGUUGUUCUUCGUGUUCUGGUUGAUAUUGGCUCUGUACGCCUUUUUCAAGCUUCUCUCCGCGUUCCAGUGA